GAGGGUAGUGCCUGCAGGUGGGGAAUGUUAUGACGCUGGACCUUUCUUCCCAUCUGACCCACAUCAUUUGACUCGCAUGGGCAUCGCGCAGAGGCGCCAGCUAUUGCUCCGCCCUGAUUGGCUGAUGAUUGGUGGGCUUUUAGUUGGAGCUGUGGUAGUCUUGUGCUUGUGCGUCACAAUAUUGAUCCUGUUCAGGGAGUACGGCUGGCCUGAGAAACUGCCAGCUCAGGCCAGGUACCGUGAUCUGCAGCUCAGGUACAACAUGGAUGACUAUUCAUCAAAGGGCUCCAGGGUGGUGGCUCUGAAAAAAACACACCGAAACCUGCAGGUGGGGUUGACAGAGGAUUCGGUGCAGAGAGCGGUGGCUCUGGUGUCAAAUGAGUUCUGGGACUAUGAAGAGCAAGUGGAUCUCGAAGCCUUCAGUUCCAGCACCUUCUACGACAUCCUGCUCAAGCACAGCGUGUCUGUCACAGUACGUCUCGGACAGCUCAGAGGAGAGGUGAAGCAGCUCUACCAGGGGGUGCUGGGGAAGUUGAGAGAGCUCCACCCUGGCUGGAGGAUGUUUGGAGGGAAAACUGAAGGUCUGGAGAGACAGGUGGAGCAAGAGAUGGUGCGACGAAGAGCGCUGGGCAAUCAGCUGACACAGCUACUGGACAGUCAGCUGCAGAUCCUGCGGGUGGAGAUGAGAGCACAGCAGGCCAUGCAGAAGACCUUAAGAGCACGACUGAGGGAGAGCGCCAGGCUUCUCAGACUGCUGGCUGAGGGUCAGACCUCGCUCUGGGAAAAGCACAUCAAGCAACAUGUUCUGGAGCGAGUAGCUGUGCUUGCUGAUGAGAUGACAGAGAUGGUAUCGGUGGAGAGCCAGAGGCAGGGAGCCUGGGUUGUGCUCAAAGAAGGCACUGGAGCACAGCUAUUAUGCCCUGCUACUGGAUCAGUCCUCAGUAGGGAAGACGUCAUUGCUCCUGACGGAUCUGUUAGGGCUUGUGAUGCUGUUCAUGUAGACCCCAUCACAGGCCUCAUUCAACCCAACUCUAAUGCCCAUAUGUUACUGGCCAGUGGGCACAGCAUGCCAGUGCCCCCAGACUUCUUCCUGCACCCCCAGACUGGCAAACUACUGCCUGUGGCGGGAAAUGUGGGCUUUGAUCCUGCUUCCUCCACCCUUGUCUUUAUAGCCGAUGCUUGUGUGGGUGAGGUGGGAAAAUGGGAAUCACCUCUGCUGCCUUUCAUUCCGUACCCUCCGUCCCGCCAUGCUGAAAUCCAUGCUGCUUCCAAACUACGGGGGCUUCGUUCAGGCCAAAGGCUGGUGCUCGGAGGACCCAUGUGUGACUAUGACACUGGUGUUUUGGUGCCUAUUCUAGCAGUCACCAUCCAUCCACAAACAGGAUUGGUUUAUCCUUUGGGUGGCGUGCACAUGUGUCCCAUCUCGCGCAUGCGGCUGCCCAUUCAGAUUGGCUCUCCCAUGCUGGACCCACGUACAGGCAACCUGGUGCUCAUCACAGGGAUCAGUCUUGAUCCCCAUACAGGGGCUGUACUUCCAGUUGGGGGGCUCCUCCUGGGCGAGUCCUUCAUCGAGCCCUUGAGCGGCCGGAUGGUGCGGGUUGGUGGAGGCAGUGUGCGAGGAGGGAAGGUGGUGCCUCAUGCUGGGGGUUUCCAGGCUCUGCUAGACAGCCAGGCUCUGGGCGCCUGCCUGCGGGUGGCGGAGCUCCUGCAAGGUUGCAGCGAGGAGUGGAGCUCAGCAGCUGCAGAUCUACAAGGUGACCUGGAUAGACUCUCUGCAGCAACAUCUGAGCUGGAGCAGGCCUGGAAAAGCAGCCAACACUGUAUGUUGCAGCUGCUGAGUCGUCUGGAAGCUGUACAGGAACAGGCCAGGGGUGUGGCCGAGAAUGGUGGUAGUGUGGGGGAGAUCAAGCCGCCUGGCAUUGAGCUCUCCUUGCCAGCUCUACCCGGGUUGGAGUAUCCUGACCCCGGAGGCUCGGGUUUGAAUGUCCCAGUUCUCGGAGCUCAGUUGGACUGGGUGUCAGGCUACAUGGUGCCUGUGGCAGGAACCAUGGAGGAUGCAGAUGGUAAAGGGCUGGUUCCCAUACGUUUUGGAGCACAAACGGUGGACCCAGUGACAGGGGUGCUGGCUCCAGUUGUGGGGGUAAAUCUGGAUGUUUGGAAGCGGACUGUGGUUCCUGUAACUGUGUCUCAAAUUCUGACUUUAGGAGAAAACCCAGACAGUGUCAUGGUGGAAACCCUCCAGAAGGAGAGCAGCGUACGGGGCAAUUACUGGCGUGAGCAGACACUGAAGGAAGAAGAGAUGGUGGGAGAUUUUGACAGAGCCGUUAAACACUAUCUAUCUACUUCUGUACACGAGUCUGAAUGUAUAGACUGGAUGGACACAGACAGGCAGCUAAGGGAGACUGCCGCUGAGAUUCAGGAAAGCGCUCAGUGUGAGGCCCAGAGAAAAGCUCUCCAGAACUCACAGUUAUCUCUGCUCCUACCAGCCCAUGUGUUACAUGCUCUCACAGGAGGAGACGAGGAGGAGUGGGAGCAGCAGUGUUACUGGCACACAGGGCUUAAGUCCGUGCUGAACCGAGUGAGUGUGUCCAUGGAGAGAUUGCAGACAGACCGGGAUCAGCUAUCAGUACAGGAAACGCAGCAUCUGGAUGAGGAGCAGGAACUGUGGGAGCAAUUAAUGCAGAGACAAGCAGAGCUGGACGCUGUGCUUUCGUCUCUCCACUGUGCUCGUCUGGUCUGCCAGCUGCGUGCUGACACCGCGCAGUCUUUGGUGUCUGGCACAUUCUGGUUUAAAGAUUUUGGUGUGCUGAAGCCUAAGGGUGUCAGAAACCCUCUAAAAGUAAUAGCCAUGACUCAGCAGAAAAUCCUUCCUCGGCUUGAACGACUUAUUCAGCUGUUGGAGGAAAGCAAAGCACUUGGCCAGUCGACCAGCACACAGCGGCAACAGAGCUCUGGGAAGCGGGCGUUUGGCCGGGACAGUGCUUCCAGGGCAUGGACCGAAUCGGCAUCUAUUGUGAAAGGUGUCUCGACUCAGUCCUUUAAAGAUCAAAUCAAGACUCCGUCUGCGAGUGAACAGAAUGCCACGGUGCCCUCUCUUCCUCUGUCAAACCCAUCUUCCACUCAGAAAAGCCAGGAAAAAACACAUCUAAACUACAGCCAAGAUGUCCAGUCUCUCCAGGAACCUGGUCUGUCCGCUUAUAUCAGUAUCCCAAAGCUAGCAGAACAAGAUUGGUCCAGACUAGUAGCGUUAUCUCCUCUCUUCCAGCUGAUGAAGGAAGUGGAGCAGCAGCUCAGGGAUAGUGCCAGAGAUAGAGGCAUGCUGAAGAUCCAGCCCUCAGGUGCAGGCCGGUCAUUCAUGGAUUUUAUGGAUGCUCAGUGGGAGUGCGAGGGGGAGCUGAUUCUAGUGAGCUCUGAAACACUCAACCCACGAGAGCUUCUGCUCUACCAGCAUGGACAGUUUCUCCUCCAGCACCUUCACUUACAUAAAAUGAUACCAGCAGUAACACUUCAACUGGCUUCUAGUCUUCCUUUCAACGACUACAAUAACAAUGCUUUCCGCAACUCUUUCUAUUAUGAGGAGGGAGAGAGGACUCUGUUUGUUCACAGUCGGAGGUUGCAGUCGGUGGGCGGCCUCUCUCUGCUGCUCAUGCACUGUGCUGCACACAUUUCCACCGGUCAGAUGAGGACAGACUCUGCUCCUGCUUUCCAAAGGGCCUUCUUUAAGGCUUUACAGGUGGGCCUAAGUGAGCUGUUGCACGCCAGACUGGGACAAACUGAUAGUCCAGACGUUGAGAGGAAAUAUUUGGCAUCGGAUGCAGCUCUCGAUGGUCUUCUGCUGGAAAGAGUGCAGAAGCCAAGUCCUGGGAUUUUCUCAGAGGAUGAGGUUUUGGUGCAUCUGCGCAAAUACAGAGAGGCUUCAGUGUACCGUGAGGUUGAGAGUCUCCUGAAAGAGUCUCCUAAGAGCCUGGAGAUCAACCACCUCAACACCGACCCGUCAGUCAGCGACGGCCCAGACAGCCAAGAUGCCGCUCCUACAUGAACUGACAUUUUAAAUUUGAACAGCGCUGCCUUUCUGACAGUGAUGAAUCCAGCUUUCAAAGGCGUGUUACAUACUGCAAGACAUCUGAUGGCCUUAUCGUCUUGGAUGGUAACGGCACUUGGACCAGCUUAGAGUGCCUAGUUAUGUUUCAGUUUCAUUGAGUGGUGACCCAACACAAAUGGUUAAAAUUACCAUAAACUGCAUAGGCCCAAGAAGUGAAACUCUAUUUAAUGCAGUUUUAAUAUAGAAUUUGAGGAUAAGGGCAAGUUACACAAUUUGACAAUGUUGGAAUCUGCCUAAUUUGACUAGCUUCUACCAAAUGACACAAAUUUGCACCAAAAUACAGUACAGUUUGAUUGGAUGCUCAAACUUUGAUGAUAACCAGGGUGCAAUUUGUUGAAAAUUGGGAGGGGGAUAUUUAAAUGAGAAUAUCAGCAUGAAAUUUUUAUAAAGAAAUAUAGACAAUGUAGAAAUAAAAUAUAAUUCACAUAAAUUCAUAUAAAAUAAACAGUAAAAAUACAGGAAAUAAUUGUUUAAGCUGAAUUUACUAAACUAAAUGAAUUCAAUAAACUUUAUAUUUAUAAUAUAUCUAUAAUUAUAAUAAAUUUGUUUCAAUAGCAAAAAAAAAAUACAUUAACAUUUUUCCACGCCUUUCCAAAAGAUAAAAAAAAAAAAAUAGAGAGGGAGAGAUUAAUUACGGCAGUCAGAAGAGAGAAAGAUGUCAAAUUUACGUUACUCUCUCAGCCGUUGUAUUAAAAUACACUCUCGCAGCAGUGUUAACAAUUUGUUUGUAAUUUAAUGCCAAGAUAACAGUGUCAUAAAUGUACCUUUACAUUUUUUAAAGAUAAAAAUAUAAAAAAAAACUGGCUAGAUUAAUGACGUUAAUAACUGUGGAAAUGAUGUGAAAAGGGUCCAUGCACAAUUAUACGAUUUUUUUCCCAUUCAGUUUAUUUGUGUUUAGAACGGUCAUUUCCCCACUGUCCGUGACCGUAUCAAAACAGACCUGCGAGCAAUUUUAGGGUCAUGACCCACAAGAUGAGACCAGUAUUAAAUUAUGACUAAAACAAAAAGAAAGUCAAGCAUAUGCAGAAUAUAUAGCGAAAUAAUGUCCUAAGCUUUGAGUUUAAAAUAGAUUUAACGAUGCAAAAUGCUCAGGGCGGAAUUAUAAUGAUGAAAUUUUAAAGCAGCAACACAUAAACUAUUUCUGUCUUGUACGGUUUACUAUAAAAAACUACAAAACAGUCCAUCAGCACUUCUUUGGUGUCUCAGAAUGCAACUUUCACAAUCUUGUUUACCAGAUACUUAUAUGCAUUUAUGCCAUUGUACUCAUGUUUUGUCUUGCACUGGCUUGUUUGAUUGCAUUUCAUUUAUUUAUAGUGGUGUUUUUCUGCUAUCCACAUUUGAGACAGCUUCUAUUAUGUGCCUGAAUGUCCCUCUAGGGAUCAAUAAAGUAUGUUUUUCUGGAAUAACAACAAGAAAUAGAAUGGAACAAUAAAACAUUUUUAUCUGUGUAAGUAUGCCUGUUUUUGGAUUACAUCUCGUUGUUCAUAUUCAUGAAUACGUGGAGCACCUUCAUCUGCCCUAAAACAUAAAGUAAAGCUUUGUAUUCAUCUUUAUACAUUUCAACAUUAAUUCAGUUAUGUUUUUGACAGAAUGAGUGUGUGGUUGUCAUUGUACAAGGAAGGGUGAUGCUUUACACAUACACAGUAAUGAAGGCUACUGUUACUAAACAUUCGAUGUAACAAAAUAAAAUAAGUUUC